UUGAGGCCCUUACAACUUUGCAUUCAUAUUUUUAUCCAUAAAUAUUUUUUCCACUCUAGAGAAAACCUCCAUGGACUCAUGAGGAAAGAUUUAAAGGGUCUAUCUGUGUUUUGAAAUGUUUUCCUAUUGGUUCCUUAGAUUAUGGGUCUAAUGUUAACAGUUUUUCUUUGAGUAAAUAGGUGAUUUUCUCUGUUGGUUCGGAAAAUGUAAAAAAAAAAGGUUGACUCAAGAUCUUUGCACAAGCUGAAAUAUCUGUGUGGAAGCAGCUUCUAAUAAGGGUGAAAUGUGUUUUCUUAGUUAAUGCUGAGUUAAAUAUUUGCAUCAUGAAUGAUUUGGACAAUCUUGCUCUUUUGUUGGCGGGUCCUUGUGGUCUGAGUAGUUUGAUGUUUAUCUGGUAAAGUUUAGUUUUUUAGGGAGAACUUGGACUUAUUUCUGCAUACAUUUCAGCAGUCAUCAUGUCAUUGUUCUUUUUCUGCAAUGGUUUGGAGCCCUUAUGAAUAGGUAGGGCCUGCUUCUGUCGUUCUAAUAUUUUCAGAAUAUAUUGGACAUGAAUGAGAACACAAACGCUGUGUUUGUGCUCCAGGGUCUGAACGACUCACUGACGAACCGUCAGAUCUACUUCGCCCUCGCCCUGACGUCAUACCUCUUCACCAUCCUGGUGAAUCUGACCCUCAUCCUCAUCGUGUGUCUGGAUAAAGCCCUGCAUCAGCCGAUGUAUGUCUUUAUGUGCAACCUGUGUGUAUCUGGGGUAUGUGGAGCCUCCAGCUUCUACUUGCAGCUGCUACUCGACCUUCUGGAUGAUGCUCAUAUCAUCUCAUAUGCUGGUUGCUUGGCACAAAUAUUUUUCACAUAUACUUACAUCUUCUGCCAGUUCAGCAGUCUGACCGUCAUGGCUUACGACCGCUACCUGGCCAUCUGCCAGCCGCUGCGUUACUGGGCUCUCAUGACUGUCCAGAAGGUGGCCCUGCUGUUGCUGCUUAUCUGGUGUCUGUCACUGCUGGAAACAGCUGUUGGCAUUGUCUUGAUUGCCAGGCUUCCACUCUGCAGCCACACCAUUGCCAGAAUCUUCUGUACUAGCUGGGAGGUGGUGAAACUGUCCUGCUCUGACACCACAGCCAACAACCUGUAUGGCAUCGUGCUCAUGUUUCUGCACUCUCUGCAAUUCUUAGUCAUCAUAGUCUCUUACAUUCACCUUAUCCGAAGCGCCACCCGGUCUCAGACAGACCGCAAGAAGUUUGUUCAGACCUGCAUGCCUCACCUCGUCUCACUGCUCGUCUUCUCUGCUUCAGUGUUGUUUGACACACUAUACUCUCGUUAUGGGAUCAAAUCCAUGCCGGCUCUGCAGAACGUGCUGGCUGCAGAGUUCCUCGUUGUACCGCCCAUCGUCAACCCCAUCAUCUACGGCAUGAACCUGCAGCAGAUCAGGACACGGAUCCGCAUCUGGUUCAACUUAGAAAACCCUCAGAGAGCAUUCUUUAAGUAAAGAACACAAGGAUAAAUAAUAAUUUUU